AUGAAUUUUGCUCUCAUUCGUGCGUGUUCGCGUCAGUCCUCUUCGGCUACGAUCAUACAAAUUCCUAUCAGCAUCAAAGUUCUUACUCUCCAAACCGCGAGGUCUUCGCUGAGCUUUCGGUCAAAGCAGUGCAGGUUUUUGUCGACAGCGGUAGGAAAUGUCAUCGACCUUCCAGAUGGCCGCCAUCUCGGUCAUCAUGAAUAUGGCGAUCCUAGGGGGUUACCAGUCAUCUACCUCCAUGGGAGUCCCGACUCUGGAGUGACACUUUCUGGCUUUGAAGAUCCUCUUGCGAAACGACUUGGGGUUCGGUGGAUCGCACCAGAUCGUCCCGGCAUCGGGCAUUCCACGUAUCAACCCAAUCGGAAUGUCUUAGAUUAUCCGGCCGACCUGCGAUCAUUGGUAGAACACAUGGAACUCGACCGUUAUCGCGUCAUCGGAACCAGUGGGGGCACCGGAUAUACCAUUGCUUGCGCCCAAGCGCUACCAAGAGACGCUCUACUGGCGGUAGGGAUAUGCGCGGGUGUUGGGCCAUGGGAGGCUGGACCCGCGGGGCAGAACGACACAAUGAGACAGCUUAUGAUGAUAUGGAAAAGCCAGAACCAAGAAUUCGUCAAAUAUUUGGAAAGCAUUUUCCAAGCAGCAGCACAAGAUCCCGACCCGAGCAAGAUGGAGGCUGUGUGGAAGGAGCAGCUUAAAGGCUUCCAGCCGGCAGAUCGAGAGGUUCUUGCGAAACCAGAUGCCUUGCAGUCGGCAGUCAAGGUGUUCAGACAAGUCUACGCCCAAGGCGGAGCAGGCCAUGGAAUGGACAUGAAGCUAAUCACUGAGCCAUGGGGCUUCCAGAUUGAGGACAUUGACUACGAGGGUAUCAGAUUGUGGUAUGGGUCGGCUGAUGAGAAUACAUCGCCCGAGAUGGGGCGCUACAUGGCGGAGAGGCUGCCAAAGUCAGUGUACAAGGAAUAUCCAGGGGAGACUCACUACAGCCUGUGGAGAGAGGAUCUUCUGGAGGAGUUUCUGGAAGAUCUGAUGGGGAGAAGACGCUGA